AUUAAAUUCAAAGUAAAUGCAAUUUAUCUCUUAGACAUUUUAAAGGUACACUAAAGGACAUUUAGUGUGUGACGCAUCGGUGUUUCUGACUUUGCUCCGGCCAGCAUUAGAGGUUAACACCAUCAGAGCUCUGCUGCUGUUGCUGUACCUACAUUCUCACCAAAACACUUCCCCUUCAGUUCUCAGAAAAACCAUAAUGCAAUGCGGAACAAACAUGUGUCAUAGCAAAGAAAUGCCAUCUUAACUGCAUGACUAAAUUUGGACAUCAACAGCCAAUUUCUGUUGGAGUUUUCUCUUUCUCAGCAUAAAUUCUGAAAACAAAAUAAGAACAUAUUCUGGUGAAAAAAUAAUAAUAGCUACAAGUAUUUACACAAUCACAUUCAUCAUCUUCUCUUUUUAAGGCACCAAAUACAUCACUGUGACAAAUGCACUGUUUGACUGCGGUUAGUUACUCAUUUUAAGUUUAAAGAGUCAUUGACAGCCUAGUGUGACCUUUGACCUCUGUAAUAUUGUUUGCUUCGAAUGCUGAUUAUAAACAACAGAAGGUGAAGAAUUGAAAUUGUCAAAGUAAGGACUCUCUAAAUUUUUAUGAACAGUUACAGUGAGGUAGUGAGAUGAUAACCACAGGAAGUCAGAACAGCCUCUCGACAUAAAGCUCUGUUUUAGAGACUGUGACUGUCAUUUUUCUGAGAAACAGGAAGGAGAAAGACAGACAAUGACGACUCGGUUCAAAUGGAUUCAAAUGUUUUCAUCAGUCAUACUAGUGAUUCAAUUAACAGCAGCAGCAGUUGAGCGCUCUGACUUUAUUAUCAGGGAUGGAGGGAAGAUUCACCGAGAGGCCAAAAAUAAAUCAGACAGACUGAGUGUUACAGCAAAAUGUUCUCUGGUUAUAAAGAAGCUCACAGCUGAGGAUGUUGGUCGGUACAACUGCAGAAGGUUCAGCAAAUCAGGACAACAAGAAGGUUCACACUCUGUAGCUGAGCUGUCUGUUGUUAACAUAACUGAAUAUAAGGAUGACAACACAGUGACAUUAAAGUGCUCUGUGUCCACAUAUAAAGAAUGCAAAUACACUGUGAAGUGGCUCUAUGACGGUAACAAAGACCUGAAGAUGUCACAGUCUACCUGCUCAGCCAGAGUGAUCUUUACAACAUCUGAUCAUAUUUACACAUCCAAGAAAUCUGAGAUGUUGAAGUGCCAAGUGACACAUGGUGGAAACGUGCAGGAGUUUAUCUACAGGAUUCAAUCUUUCGAUCAAGAAACACAUGAGAAUGCAAGAUGGUGGAUGUUUAUUGUUGCACCGCUGGGGUUAUUAGCACUGAUAGCCAUCAGUGCUGUUAUAGCCAUCAGAUGGAAGAGAGCUAAAGGAAAAAAAAUGGAGACUAAUGAAAAUCCUGAACUGAAUUUAAACCCUGCAGUGACUCCGUCUGCCCCAGGAACCACUCAGGACUCUGCUGAACCUGAAUACGCUGUUGCCUACGCCUCCAUCAGCUACACCAACACCACCAGUAAAGCUCAGGGUCGAGACAAAAAUGAAGGUGAGAGAGUUACGUACUCCACUGUGAAAGCUUCCUCCAUGGAUCCCAGCAACCUCUAUGAUACCAUCAAGUAAACAAAAAGCUUCUCACCUAAAAGAACUGUUGGGUUGCUCAGUUGAAAUAAAUAGAAAGCUGGCACGACAAUUAAACAAACAUAUUGUUACAUACAUUUAUUACAGUAUGUUGUGAUGCCAUCUGCAGGUGAAAUGACAUAGUUGUUAGGGAGUUGAUGCCACAUCAGAUUUGGCAGUGAUGGAGGGAAAGUUUAUCUUGUCUAUAUAUAUUCUCAACUUUCAUUUCUGUUUUUUUUUUUUCAUAUUUGUCACAUUUACAUGUGUACAAUAAUAAUAAUAAUAAUAAUAAUAAUAAUAAUAAUAAUGUUGAUGAUGGUGAUAAUUAGACAACAAAGACAACCCCAGUAAAUACAAAAUGCAGUUUUUAAAUGAUUAUUUCAUU